AUGUUCAUGCCGAUGUUACACGAUGCUGCUCACAAGUCACAAAUCUAUCUGGAUAAACUGGAUUUUUUCAGAACAUCACCAUCGAUCGUCGUUGAAUUAAUGAAUGCAAGAAAAUCUUAUCGGAUCAGAUUAAUGUGUGUUGAAUAUAAGCAAACCUGUUCAAUUGUGUUUAUUGAUUUCGAAGAUGAUGAACAUUAG